AUGAACUUUCGUGUUUUAAUGUUAAAUCCAUCUAAGUUAUAUGUCAAGUAUGACUUGGUAGUUGAGGUGAGGACUGGAGAGUUAAGCAGGAGUUGGGUGAUAUGGAGAUUAGCGGUGGCUUCUGCAGAGCUGGAACAAUUACUCCAGUCCCACCCAGAGAUAAAAGAUGUUGCAGUUGUUCCAUACCCUGAUGAAGAUGCUGGCCAGGUUCCCCUAGCUUUUGUGGUAAGGCAACCUCAAAGCUCCACGGGUGAAGCAGAAAUAAUAGAUUUUGUAGCCAAACAGGUUGCACCAUACAAGAAGAUAAGGCGUGUGGUAUUUGGCCAUUCCAUACCUAAGAAUGCAGCAGGAAAGAUACUGAGGAAGGAGUUGUUGAAUAAAAUUUUCAUUCGACGAACAUUUCCUAGGUUAUAA